AUGGGCGGCCCUUCCAUCAUCCAGGAGCAGCGGGAUCUCUUGCUCAGCACCAUCAAGAACAUCACGCGAGGCGACGUAAGCCAUCAAGCCCUUUCCUUACCCAACCUCCACGCUCCAGACACGACAAGAUGCAAGACUGACCGAGACGAUCCUGUGCAGUGGAAGGUCCUCGUCGUGGACGAGAGCGCGAACAAGCUGAUUGAAAAUGUCGCUACCGAAGAUGACGUCCUCAACCUCAACGUUGCCAACAUUGAGCAUAUCGAGAAGAAGAGGGAGAUGAACCCCACCAUGGACGCCAUUUACAUCCUCUCGCCCAAACCCCACGUCAUCGAAUGCCUGCUUGCCGACCUGGACCGACGAAGAUACCAGAAUGCGUUCCUUGUGUGGACCGGCGUCGUCGACCCACGCCUGCGGCGCCGCAUCGACGAGUCGCCUGGGAAGCGCAUGAUCCGUUGCUUCGAAACCCUUGCGAUCGACUUCUUCCCCCGCGAGUCGAACCUGGCCACCUUCAGGGAUCCCUGGAGCUUCCCGAUCCUGUACAACCCGGAAUGCAACGACCUCAUCCGGGAACACCUGCAGGGGUUGGCGCAAAAGAUCCUCGGCGUCUGUGUGACGCUCGGAGAAUACCCCAGAGUCCGGUACUACAAACCCGCGAAUGCCAUGCACGAGGCCAGCGUUCUGUGUGAGCAUCUUGCGCGCAUGGUGCAGGAGGAGCUCGACACGUACGCGAACUGGAACCAAGACUACCCGCCACAGACGAACAGACCGGCGAGCACCCUCAUCAUCACAGACCGGUCCAUGGACAUCACAGCCCCUCUCGUUCACGAGUUCACCUACCAAGCCAUGGCGCACGACUUGCUGCCCAUCCGCGAGGGCGAGAAGAUCAUGUACCACACCGUCACCGACAAGGGCACGCCCGACGAGGCCGAGAUUGACUACGAGAUUACAGACAAGGACAAGGUCUGGACAGACUACCGGCAUCAGCAUAUGAAAGACACCAUUGGGCGGAUGACGGUCGACUUUAAGAAGUUCCUCGAGGCGAAUCCUGCCUUUGUCAACGAGCAGACCGGGCCUGGCAGCGUCAACAACUUGCGCGACAUGCUGGGCGGCAUGAAAGAGUUCGCCGCGCAGAAGGAAUCAUUCUCGCUGCAUAUGAGCAUGGCGCAGGAUGCUAUGAACCUUUUCCAACAGUACAAGCUCCCCGACGUGGCUUCUGUGGAGCAGAGCCUGGCGACAGGCAUGGACGAGGACAAUCGGCGGCCGAAGAACAUACUCGAGUCUGUCGUGCGAUUAUUGGAUGACCAGGCCAUCACACCUAGCGAUCGACUGCGACUCAUCAUACUGUACAUCCUCUACCGCGAAGGUGUCAUCGAGAACGACAUUACUCUGCUGCUCGAGCAUGCCAAGCUGCCCAAGGACGAAGCAGUUGUCGUGAAAAACCUUGCCCAUCUGGGCGGCCGCGUCUUGCACAAUCUGAAGGAGGCUCGCCGUGCGCACCCCCCCGCAUUCCCCAAGAACACGAAGCCGCCCGAGGUCAACGAGGAAUACGCCCUGUCUCGCUUCGAGCCCGCCCUGCAGUCAGUCCUAGAAGACGUCGUGCGUGGCACUCUCAGCGGCGACCUGUUCCCUUAUAUGAAGCCGCCCAUGGACCCCAACGAAGACCUCAUCGCCGCGCAGCAGGGGUCGCUCCGUGCCGGCCGUCCCAACUGGGCCGCGUCGGGCCGGAAAGCUCCCGAAAACCGGCAACGUGUGAUCGUCUUCCUUGCGGGCGGCGCCACCUUCAGCGAGAGCCGCGUGUGCUACGAUAUCGGCGCCGCGCGGUCGAGGGAUAUUUUCCUGGCGACAUCGCACAUGCUUAGCCCCAACCUAUUCAUCCGUCAGCUCCGCGAUCUCGACAAGGGCCGCGGCCGCCUCGACCUCCCCGCCGACAGGCCCAAGCCCCGCGCCCCCGACUGGAUCCACGAGCGUCCCGCGCCGCCACCCCAGCAGCAGCAGCAGCAGCAGAUGGGCGCGCCCCCCGGCCCUCGCGCCCCUCCGUCCGCGCAGCAAGGUGCCGCCGCAGCGCAACAGGGCCGCAGACCGCCUCCACCCGCCGGUGGCCUGCCCGGCCGGCCGCAGGCGCCGCCCACGGCGCAGAUGAGCAACAUGUCGCUUGGCGGCCCCGCGCGCCCGCCACAACACAUGGCCAGCCCCAGCAACGGCGGCCGCCCGUCGCCGUCGGCAUCGCCGGCGCCGGCCCCUGCGGGCAAGCCCGAGAAGGAGAAGAAGAAGCGCAACUUCCUGGGCAUGAAAAAGUCGUCCAAAGAUUAG